AUGGACACACAAGCAGGAAUAUCUCAGAAGGACAUCUAAUGUUAUCCCCGGAUUGUGACAUAAAAGAUAAUGACAGUAGACAGGAUUCUCCAGGAGAUAACCCCAUUACCCCAAUUAUACAUCCAGCUCUAUCAGCUGGUCCCUCUGAUCCUGGGGAAUGUUCUCCUGAUCACUCUGAUAUUGGUGCAUCUGUUACAGCUCUGAGAGUAGAUACAGUGUUUCCCUGUUCUAUAGAUGCCAAAUGUUUUACACAGAACACAAACCUUAUUACCCAUCAGCCAGCUAAGGCAGGUGAGAGGCCACUGAUAUGUUCUGAGUGUGGGAAAUGUUUUACAUACAAAUCAGGUCUUGUUACACAUGAGAGAAUACAUACAGGUGAGAAACCAUAUUCCUGUUCUGAGUGUGGGAAAUGUUUUACCCAGAAAUCACAACUUAUUACACAUCAGCGAAGUCACACAUGUGAAAGGCCAUUUCCAUGUCCUGAGUGUGGGAAAUGUUUUGCACAUAAAUCAGAUCUUGUUAGUCAUAACAGAAAUCACACAGGUGAGAAGCCAUUUUCAUGUUCUGAGUGUGGGAAAUGUUUUACCUGGAAAUCACAACUUGUUACACAUCUGCGAAGUCACACAGGUGAAAAUCCAUUUCCAUGUUCUGAGUGUGAGAAAUGUUUUACAUAUAAAUCACAACUUGUAAUACAUAAGAGAAUACAUACAGGUGAGAAACCAUAUUCCUGUUCUGAGUGUGGGAACUGUUUUACAUACAAAUCAACUCUUGAUGCACAUAAGAGAAGUCACACAGGUACAUCACCAUUUCCAUGUUCUGAGUGUGGGAAAUAUUUUGCACAGAAAUCACAACUUGCUAGACAUCAAAGAAUUCACACAGGUGAGAGGCCAUUUCCAUGUUCUGACUGUGGAAAAUGUUUUGCACAAAAUUCAGAUCUUGUUAGUCAUAACAGAAGUCACACAGGCGAGAAUCCAAUUUCUUGCUCUGAGUGUGGGAAAUGUUUUGCCUGGAAAUCACAACUUGUUAAACAUCAGAGAAGUCACACAGGUGAGAAGCCUUUUCCAUGUCCUGAGUGUGGGAAAUGUUUUGCAAACAAAUCAGAUCUUGUUAAACAUAAGAGAAGUCACACAGGUGAGAAGCCAUUUCCAUGUACUGAGUGUGGUAAAUGUUUUGCACAAAAAUCAGAUCUUGUUAGUCAUAACAGAAGUCACACAGGUGAGAAUCCAAUUUCCUGCUCUGAGUGUGGGAAAUGUUUUGCCCGGAAAUCACAACUUGUUAUACAUCACAGAAGUCACACAGGUGAGAAGCCAUUUUCUUGCUCUGAGUGUGGGAAAUGUUUUGCCCGGAAAUCAGAUAUUGUUAGACAUCAGCGAAGUCACACAGGUGCGAGGCCAUUUCCAUGUUCUGACUGUGGAAAAUGUUUUGCACAUAAAUCACAUCUUGUUAUUCAUCAGAGAAAUCACAUAGGUGAGAAGCCUUUUUCUUGCUCUGAGUGCACGAAAAGUUAUACUCAGAAAUCAGAACUUGUUACACAUCAGAGAAGUCACACAGGUGAGAAGCCAUUUCCAUGUCCUGAGUGUGGGAAAUGUUUUGCACACAAAAGAGAUCUUUUUAAACAUGAGAAAAGUCACACAGGUGAGAAGCCAUUUUCUUGCUCUGAGUGUGGGAAAUGUUUUGCACUCAAAUCAGCUCUUGUUAUACAUCACAGAAGUCACACAGGUGAGAAGCCAUUUUCUUGCUCUGAGUGUGGGAAAUGUUUUACACAGAAAUCACAUCUUGUUACACAUCGGCAAAGUCACACAGGUGAGAAUCCAUUUCCAUGCUCUGAGUGUGGGAAAUGUUUUGCACUCAAAUCAGCUCUUGUUAUACAUCACAGAAGUCACACAGGUGAGAAGCCAUUUCCAUGUUCUGAGUGUGGGAAAUGUUUUACACACAAAUCACAAUUUGUUACACACCAGAGAAGACACACAGGUGAGAAGCAAUUUUAAUCUUCUGGAGUAUACUCAUCAUUGCCAUGCGUUGUUCUUCAAGGUUCUUAUCGUAUCUCCUAUGCUUUUUGCAAUAUACAUGCUACUGCAUGGUGAAAUAAUCAGAUGUCAUGUCCUCAUCUACCACUGCUAUGCAGAUGAUCUGUCUUUUGCUCCAGACACUGAGAACCCAGUCCCAAUCCUAAAUGGUUGUCUAGCUGAGCUCCAGGUGUGGGUGAUGCCAGUUGGCUGUGACUCAGUCCUGGUGAAACAGGUCCAUAUGGUAGAAGCUCACCAACAAAGGACAGGGCUACAGCUCAGCUUUGCAAACCAACCAGACUUACACUUGGGGGUUCAGAGUUACAAAAUUCUGAUCCUGUGCAGAAUCUUGGUGUCCUGGAUUGUGGAGUGACACUUAGACAUCAGGUAUCAGCCACAAUCAGAUCCUUAUCUGAGGAACAUAGCCAGACUCCAGCACUUAUUUCCCUCAGAAGAUCUACCUACAGUCAUACAUGUACUUGUAUCAUCACGCACAGACUACUGCAAUGUCCUCUACCUGGGUCUCCCAGCAAAAGAAUUACUGAGCUUGUAGCUUGUACAGAAUGCAGCAGCCAGGUUGUUACCUAACCAGCCCGUUCCUGCCACAUAACACCCAUUCUCUGCUCCCUUCACUGGCUGCCUGUAAGAUGAUGACUCGGGGCCUAAUUCAGGUUUGAUCGCAGUGUGUGAUCCAAACGGAAUUAUUGAAAAAUUGCGGGCGCAUCCACUGCGCCCAUCCCGUGCAUGCACCUGCAUUUUCUGCAGAGGGGACGCAGAAAAUGUGAUUGCCUGUCAGGCAGAGGCAGUCACGUGGGGUGGGCGGGCAAUGCUCCAUUUCCAGGGAGGGAGCGGUGCGGGGGCAGUGUGGCGCGAACGGAGGACAGACGGGCAUGAUCACGGCUGUGUGACAUCACAUGCAGCCGCCAUGAUCAAGAAAAAUGCAGCGGGCCUCCUGCGCAAGCAGCGGCAGCAGGAGGCUUCACUAAUUUCUACGAUAAAGCAGAAAUUGUGAGGCAAUCGCAAUUUCUGCUUCAUCAAGGGGGUAGGCGGUGGUCAGCAUGCUGGGUGGCCUUGCGAUGGGUGGCCCCUAGCACGCUAGGAAAAGGAUUGCUAAUUAGCAGCAUCUGCUAUCCUUACUGAAUUUAGACCCUCUAUUAAGUAAUCUUACUGAGUCCCAGCCUUGCAUGACCAUAAUACCAGAAGCAGCUGCUGCCUCCGUACUGCCCGGGUUUCUUCCAUCUGUUGAUGGACUGUUAGCAGUACCAUAAAUUCCCAAGCAGUGCUAAGAUGUCAGGGGAAACAGGGUGGGUGGCAGUAGUGCAGUAGCGGGGGCUACUGGAGGCAAUGUCUAUGUGGGUAAUAUUGUCCCCAAGCAGGGCUGAGGAGGGAGACAGGGCAGGGGGCAGAAGUAGGAGCUGCUGGAGGCAAUGUCUAUGAGGUUAAACGUCCCCAAGCAGGGCUGAGGAGGGAGACAGGGUGGGUGGCAGUAGUGGGAGCUGCUGGAGGCAAUGUCUAUGUGGGUAAACAUCUGCAAGCAGGGCUGAGGUGUCAGAGCGGGGAGACAGGGCAGCUGGCAGUAGUAGGGGAGACACGGGUGGAUGGCAAUAGUGGGGGGAGAUGGGACGGGCG